CAUGUAGGCAUUCUGCUGGAGAUGUUUUGCGAAACUUUAAGGAUGGUAUACCUUGGAUGUUUCCUGUUGCUCUGUGGGCUUACGCAUGUCAUGGCAAGUUAUCCCAUCUGGUGGUCACUAGCAGUCGGCCACCAGUACUCAUCAUUGGGUACUCAGCCUAUUCUGUGUGGCAGCAUCCCAGGUCUGGUGCCCAAACAGCUGCGCUUCUGCCGGAACUAUGUGGAAAUCAUGCCCAGCGUGGCCGAGGGGGUGAAGAUUGGCAUCCAGGAGUGCCAGCACCAGUUCAGAGGCCGACGCUGGAACUGCACCACAGUCAAUGACAACCUGGCCAUUUUUGGGCCAGUGUUAGAUAAAGCCACUCGAGAGUCAGCAUUUGUUCAUGCUAUUGCCUCGGCGGGAGUGGCAUUUGCAGUGACUCGUGCCUGCGCUGACGGUUCAGCCACCAUUUGCGGGUGUGACACGCGCCACAAGGGCCCCCCUGGUGAGGGAUGGAAGUGGGGUGGCUGUAGUGAGGAUGUGGAGUUUGGGAGCAUGGUGUCCAGGGAGUUCGCUGAUGCGAGGGAGAAUCGCCCUGAUGCACGCUCAGCCAUGAACCGACAUAACAACGAGGCAGGAAGAAUGUCCCUCAACGACAACAUGUUCCUGAAAUGUAAGUGCCAUGGUCUUUCGGGUAGCUGUGAGGUCAAGACAUGCUGGUGGUCUCAGCCUGACUUCCGAGUCAUUGGUGACUACAUGAAGGACAAAUAUGACAGCGCAUCAGAGAUGGUAGUGGAGAAACAUAAGGAGUCCCGCGGAUGGGUGGAGACCCUGAGACCCAAGUACAACUACUUCAAACCCCCCACAGAGCGCGACCUUGUUUAUUAUGAAAGCUCACCCAAUUUCUGCGACCCUAAUCCUGAGACCGGCUCCUUUGGCACUCGUGAUCGUGUCUGCAACCUGACGUCGCAUGGCAUAGACGGAUGUGACCUUCUGUGCUGCGGACGAGGUCACAACACCCGGACUGAGAAGCGAAAGGAGAAGUGCCACUGCAUUUUCCACUGGUGCUGCUACGUCAGCUGUCAGGAGUGUGUGAGAGUCUACGACGUGCACACCUGUAAAUAGGGAUGUCUGGUUCUCGUCUUUUAUCACCAAAAUUUAAAGUCUUCAAUAGGGAGAAGAACGACUACGGGAACGUUUCUACAAGACGUGAGAGACUGUAAAGUUGUCUGACCUGUCCAUGGACUCCAGCAGCAGACAUAGCGACCCUUUUGUUUUGUUCUGUGAUGCUAAGAAGAGCCAGUCUCCGUCUUAAUCAGCUCAAACAGUUGAGUAGAUGCUGACAUCACUAAGCAUCACACACAUAUGAACUGUAAUGGUUGUGAUGAUGACAACAAUGUUGAUAUCUAUAGCAAUGACAAAAGAGUUUUCAUGUACUGACGUAGGGAAAGGAGAUCUGUCGGCUAAUUUACAAACACCAUAUUGGUGACUUUUUUUUUCUGUGUUCUAAGUAGUUACUUUUGUUGAGAAUAGUACAGCACUGCCAAUGUUUUCAAGUUUAUGGGGCAAACAAUGAAAAUGUCACAUUUUCUUCAAUGUUUAAUAGUCACUUGUUUUUGCCACAAAAAGUGACAACAUUUAUGAGCAAUUUACAUUAUCAGACACUCAACAGCAUGCAUUCUCCUCCUCAACAUUAUUAGUAUGUACCUGUAUAUCAGAAAACUAACAUGAUCGUUGUGUGAAUGAGUAUUUGUUUUAUAAUGUUAAUAUGUUACUGAUGUUUGGGUAAGAAUGCACUUGCACCUGAGUGAAUGUAGUUAUUAUGCUGUAAUGCGUUUACAUGUUCACAAAUUCUUAAGCUAACAAGUUAAUAUCUGCUUUAAAUUACUAAUUUUAUCUGAGAAUAGACAUGAGCCACAUCCACUGAACAUCUGCGAAACAAGAAUAUACACAGUCUGCACAUUUCAUGAAACACCUGAAAACACUGGAAGCUUUUUCAAUGCUUUGAAUGACCAAAGACAAAAAAAAGAAAAGAAAAAAACCCUGUUAGUCUGUGGUGGUCAGAGAGCUGUAAAUGAAUCUGAAAGGUCAGCACUUGUGUCCUGUUGAGAAA